UAAGGAGCACAGCUCCACAAGAAAUAAUAUUGUAAACUGACCAUCAGGACUUAGAGUAGAUAAUAGCAAUGCUCUUAAAUAUUUUGAUGCAAUGCGUUUUUGUUGGUACAUGUUACCUUUUAUCAAUUGUUAUUUCAUGUGGAACAUUUAAAACCGGCUUGUUUUCCUUCUACGGGUGGCAAGAUCAUCUGAAUUUUUCAUCGGAACAAAGAACAGUAAUUUAUGGAGCAAGUGAUUUUGAAGCAACACCUAUAUUUUGUGCUAUCAACUGUGCUCAAAACAGAACUUGUAUUAUGUUCUACAUUUGCAGCCUCAGCGGCCACAAUAUGUGUGUUUUAUCCUCUCUCUAUGAUCAGAAUACAAACCAAAAUGAAUCAAUGCCAUGCAUUGCAUAUAAACUUAAAAAAGACUGCGACAUUGAUCAUGUGUAUAAUAGACACAACAACGUGUGCGUGAAGUGUUCUCCAUACUGCGAAUACAAAGACUGUGAAGACGUUAAGCUUAUCCACGGUUCCACUGGACUGUACUCUCUGUCGCUAGGAGGCAGCACCGUACCUGUUUGGUGCGACAUGGACACGGAUAAUGGCGGCUGGAUUGUAAUACAGCGUAGAAUAAACGGAUCUGUAGAUUUUUAUAGAGGUUGGGAUGACUACAAAAUGGGUUUUGGUGACCCAAGUGGCGAAUACUGGAUAGGGCUUCAAAAUCUUCAUGAAAUUACCAGCCAGGGUAAAUUUAUUCUACGAAUUGAUAUGGAGUUCUCUUCACAGAAUUACUAUGCCAGAUAUUCGGACUUUUUCAUUCAGUCUGAGAAUAGCAGUUUUCGUUUGAACUUUUCCGCUUUUUUGGGAGGCAAUGCAGGUGAUAGUUUAUCUUUACAUAAUGGACGGCCUUUUUCAACAUUUGACCGAGAUAAUGAUGAUGGACCCCGCAGUUUAAACUGUGCUAUUGAAUUCUGUGGUGCCUGGUGGUACGCAGGGUGCCAUGAAUCCAACCUGAAUGGACUUUAUCAGAAUACUACGUACGGCAAAGGGAUUAACUGGAAAUCAAUAACUGGUCACUACCAGUCUUUGUCCUAUGUAGAAAUGAAAAUUAAGCGGUCAUAAAGUACACAAGAAAUCGUGUCGACGACUUGAAGACAAAGGGAGUUUGAUGCAAUAGAAUCAUCGUGGUGACGCUGCAAAAUCAAAAUUUAGAAUAUG